CGGCUGGGAACCUCCUUAGGCGGCCGGAGCGCGAGCACCAGGAAAUUAGCAGAGUGCGCGGGGCGCCUCCCUGCUGUCCCGCCUGCCGGUGCUGUGAACGCGCCGCGGUGGCCGCGCGACCCUCCCGCUGGGGACAGGUCCCAGUGCUUCUCCUAUCCAGCACUAACCAGGCCCGACCCUGCUUGGCUUCCGAGAGCAGACGAGAUCGGGCGCGUGCAGGGUGGUCCCAGUGCUUUUCUCAGCUCUUUAUACUUUUCAUCUGAUCCUCACAAGAAUCCUGUGAGGAAGCGAGUAUUAACCUCAUUAUACGGGUAAGAUUCCAGACCAACAUUGAAAAAAUGGUUGAACUCACUGAGCUAAUGAAAAAUGAAGUAUUCAUGGCCUUUGCUUCCUAUACGACAAUUAUUCUUUCAAAAAUGAUGUUUAUGAGCACUGCAACUGCAUUCUUUAGAUUGACAAGAAAGGCUUUUGCCAACCCAGAAGACUGUGCAAACUUUGGCAAAGGAGAAAAUGCCAAGAAAUAUCUACGAACAGAUGACAAAGUGGAACGUGUGCGAAGAGCUCACCUGAAUGACCUUGAAAAUAUUGUGCCAUUUCUUGGUAUUGGCCUUCUCUACUCCUUGAGUGGUCCAGACCUCUCUACAGCCAUCCUGCACUUCAGACUCUUUGUUGGCGCACGGAUCUACCACACAGUCGCGUAUUUGAUACCCCUUCCCCAGCCAAAUCGUGCUUUGGCUUUUUUUCUUGGAUAUGGAGUUACUUUUUCAAUGGCUUACAGGUUGUUGAAGAGUAGAUUGUACCUGUAAGGAGAAUCCUACAACUCAUCAUCCAGUUGCUUUCUAAGAAUUCUGUACUUCCAGUUUCUAAUGAAUACUUUUUUCCCCUUAGAUUUUAAGUGGGAGGGGCGCAGAGAAACUAAGAUGGGACACACAGUCUGAAUAUUAACAUCACAAGUACCCUUUACUCUUAUACUUGUGCUGAAAUUGUAAUAUAAUUCUUAAGUCUUUCGAUUUCCUCUUUAAGUGCCUUGUUAGAAAUUCAGAUUAUAAUUUGUAACAUUCAUUCAACAUUUAAAAUUUUAAAUCUGUAAAAAGGGUUAGUGCAUGUAUGACACACCUGUAUUGCAGUAUUGCUAAAAUAGGCCUACGAAAUAAAGAAUUUGAAGAAUCAUUUUA